GCGAUUUUUCUCCGAGCAGCGCCAAUCUCCGCGAAUUCGCCCUCCUCUCCGUCAUUUCGCACUCCAUUCAUCAAUCGGUGCUAUUCUUCUCCAGAUUCAUAUAUUUUCUUCGGUAAAUUAUGGCAUCAUCUUCGACUUCUGCUCGUCGGCUUGCGUGUGGUCCUGCGGAUCCUUCUGUACUGUAUCUUCAGAGACAACACGUCUCUAAUAACAUAUGGGCAGGAGUUCCAUCCGAAUACGUACGCUGCCGACGAUAUGAAGGAAUAAUUUGGAAUGUUCCCAUACAUCACCGUGUUUUGGCAUUAGUGGACCAGAUGGGGUUCGGCGGUUUAUUGAGGUGUGGUCAGCCAAAGGAAAUUGACCACCAUCUGAUCACCGCUUUGAUUGAACGUUGGAGGCCAGAGACUCACACGUUUCACUUCCCAGUCGGUGAAGCGACUGUAACAUUGGAAGACGUGGAGGUUUUAUGGGGCCUGAAAGUUGAUGGAGAGGCUGUGACGGGUUACAUCCCCCCGACACAACCGGGAUAUUGGCAGGAUAGGUGUUUGGAUUUUCUAGGAUUCAUACCGGACGCAUCCGAGUUGAAGGAAAUGUCUUUUAAGCAGACUAGCUUAUCGCGUCAAUUGAGGAUUGAGCUGAAUGAUGAGCACGAACACAACAUAUAUGCUCAGCGGGCUCGUAUCUACUGUCUGCUAUUACUUGGUGGUCUGAUGAUCCCGAAUGCCACCGGAAAUAAAAUUCUGUUCUUCUACUUGCAAUUUUUCAUGGAUAUAGAACGUGAUGAGUCCGUUGCAACCGAAGAAUAUAUGGAUUGGUUUCGGCAGAUAACUGUUGUGUAUUUAACCAAACCCGGCGUGCAUGCUGAACAGGGCUUCCACGAAACGGCAUCUUCUCAUACAUUCGCGGUGGAGACACUUCACAACGUGCGCCACUUUCUAAGUGGCCAAGAUACGACAGAACAUCCGGCUUUGGGAACCAUUUCGAGGAUGAUUGAAGAAGGACUGCGGAUAUCCGGAGAGGCUGAGCGGAUGGACUACCGUCCUUCGCAGCGCUCUGCAAUGGACGUGGACGUACCCGUAAGGCAAAAAGCAAAACGACGAACCAAAAAGAAAACCGCCUGCGGAGAGUCGUCAUCUCAGCCCGUACACCGCUCCGAUGACGAUUUUGUGGAACCACCUCCACCUACAUCUGCAGUUCGAGGCCGUCAUUCUGUCAGCCACACCGGUGGUACCGGCGACGACAUUGGCCUCAGUGAUGUCCUCACUUCUCCACCGCGGUCGUCUGUGCAAGAUGACAUUUUUGGGGUGGAUCUAGAGAACGCUCUCAAUCCUCAAUUGACGCGAUAA